CACCGAUGGCAUCGGCCGUCCCUCCGAACUUCUCCUGGGUGGUGCCCGGCAAGCUGGCAGGGCUGGCCAUGCCGCGACUGCCCGCACACUAUCAAUACAUGCACGAGCACGGCAUCCGGCACCUGGUGUCGCUGAGUGAGCGCAGUCCCCCCUAUCACGACACCUGCCCUGGCAUCGUGGUCCAUCGUCUUCGCAUCCCUGACUUCUGCGCCCCCUCGCUGGAGCUGAUCAAGCGCUUCCUGCAGAUCACCGAGGACGCCAACGCCAAGGGAGAGGCGGUGGCGGUGCACUGCCUGCUGGGGUUUGGCAGGACGGGAACCCUGCUAGCCUGCUACCUGGUGAAGGCCCAGAGGCUCACCGGGGUCGAUGCCAUCCACGAGAUCCGGAGACUCCGGCCCGGAGCCAUCGAGACGCACGAGCAGGAGAAAGCUGUGAUCCAGUUCCACCACCACAUCAAAUAGCCCCUGCCGGCGCCCCCGCUCGGCUCCUGACACCCGCUGUGGGCGCCGACUGGGCCUGUGGCUGGGUGCUCCUUUGCCCAGGAGGGGACCUUCCCUGCUCCUCUCGGCAGUGUCUGCCUGCGCUGGGCCCGGGCACGCCCCAGCCCCCUUUAUGCAAGGCCAAAAGGUUGAGAUUUGAAUCGGUGAGGGGUGGGGGCCCCCACCUCUGGGAUCUUUGCCUUGGGUGAGUCGGCCCCCUAGGGAGUGGGGCUGGGCCCUGCAGGGCUGCCGGGAGGCUACCCAGGCCUGCAGGGCGCAGGGUGGAGCCGGUCCUGGCAAGCACUGGAGGGGUGGGGGGCUUUAUUCUUCUGAGCUGCUGCCAAAGUGCUACCCCCCCCAAUAAAAGAAGUUGGUGCUGGC